AUGCAGCCUUACGCCCUUCUCAGUCUCCUCGCUGCCUCUGCUCUUGCACUCCCCAGCGGACAUGUAUCAGAUGCCUACGAACGGAGCAUCGUCAACGAUAUCUCCAUCCCUGCUCCUGUGAACGGUACCGUAAAUCAGAUCGCAUCCCAGAUGUCAUCUACCAUGAACGGCACUUUCAGCAAGGGCACAUCUUCCGCCCCGAACGUCCCUAGGGGUCAAGGCAAAGCCUACCGUUCCUAUGACAUCGCGUUAGCUCCCGCGGUUGGCCCCAACGUUUCGGUGCCCGUCGACCCCACUGGGGUGCCCCAGACCGGUGUUUCCACCGCCAACAACACCGCACAGGGGAUCAAGCCGAAGCUACCGGCUCGUCAAGUACCAGUCAAUCCCACUGGAGUCCCUAUGACCGGUGCGACCAUGGCUAAUAGCACGGUGCAGGGCGUUAAACAGGCGUUACCCGUCGACCCUACUAGCGUUCCGGCGACUGGUCUUGAGACCGUGAGCGGCAUUGUCCAGGGCAUUGAGCAGAAGCUGCCUGUUCGUCAAUUAUCAGUCGACCCCACCGUAAUUCCCAUCACUGGGUUAACAACCGCCAAUAGCACUGUCCAAGGAGCAGAGCAAAAGUUACCAGUUGAUCCUACAACAAUCCCGAAGAUUGUUGUUUCUACGAUGAACGGGACCGCGCAAGGGAUCGAAGGAAAGUUGCCUGUGCGCCAAGUCCCAGUCAACGCCACAAGUGUUCCCAUGACCGGCGUCACUGCUGCCAACAGCCCCGCGCAGGGGGUCGAGCAGAAGCUUCCUGUUGAUCCCACGGGUGUUCCUGAAGGCGGUCUUGCUGCUGCUAACAGCACUGCGGGGGGCACGAGGCAAAGGUUGCCUUUGGCUCGUCAACCACCAGUCGACCCUUUGCAGAUUGCUCAGACUGGCGUCACGACGAUCGACAACACGGCACAGGGGAUCAAGCAAGAAUUGCCUGUUGACCCUACCUCUGUCCCUAUGACCGGCCUGGCGACUGUAAACGGCCUCGCACAGGGCGCCAAAGAUAAAUUGCCUGCUCGUGAGGCACCAGCAGUCAACCCUGCGGAGGUCCUGAAUGAAGUCAAGAAUCAUGCACCCCGGUCCCCUCAAAAUCUGGACUCACCUGGUGUUGACGUCAAUACGUCGCCGUCCGGAGAAAAUGUGGACUUUUACGGACCUUCUCUCUCGCACCGGAGCUACAUAGAACAGCUAGCCCGGGAUGUGGUCACCAAGAUUGUCCGCGAUCUCGAUCUGUUGGACUGAGAGGGGGAAAUACAUUGAGAAAUGAGACUGACAGAACUAGACUUGAAGGAUGAUGAGGGACUUUACAAGGCACAUACCCAGCAUAUAUAGUAGAAAUCGCUAGUAAUUUAAC